AUGGCCUUUUUUGUAACAGCUAGGAAUUUCAGUGAUGUGUUCAAAUUGGACUCGACCGCCCUCAACAAGCAGCCUGAAGAAGUGUUCGACAUAAUCGGAAAAUUGGGAGAAGGAUCAUAUGGAUCAGUUCACAAGGCGGUCCACCGAGAAUCUGGCCAUACCUUGGCUAUAAAAAAAGUCCCUGUUGAUACGGAUCUGCAGGAAAUAAUAAAGGAGAUAAGUAUCAUGCAGCAGUGUGACAGCAAAUACGUCGUAAAAUACUACGGGUCUUAUUUCAAGAAUUCCGAUUUAUGGAUUGUCAUGGAGUACUGUGGUGCCGGUUCAGUUUCUGAUAUAAUGAGGUUGAGGAGGAAAACCUUGACUGAGCAAGAAAUGAGCGCUGUUCUGCGAGACACUAUUCAAGGACUCCGUUAUCUUCAUAAUUUGAAAAAGAUCCAUCGUGAUAUCAAGGCCGGGAACAUCCUUCUAAACACCGAAGGCCAAGCAAAGCUAGCCGAUUUCGGUGUAGCCGGGCAACUUACGGAUACUAUGGCCAAGCGAAAUACUGUGAUUGGCACACCUUUCUGGAUGGCUCCUGAGGUUAUUGAAGAAAUCGGGUACGACACGAAAGCUGAUAUCUGGUCGUUAGGUAUCACUGCCAUUGAAAUGGCUGAAGGUCGGCCCCCUUAUGCGGAUAUUCAUCCAAUGCGCUUUCUUCUUUCCUUCCGCGUUUGUUACACGGGUAUUGAUAAAUUUAAGGCCAUAUUUAUGAUUCCCACGAAACCUCCACCAACAUUCAAGAAGCCAGAUGAACUUCAACACAGCUUUAUUGUUAACGCUCCUGGCCCCGAGGUUCUUCAAGCCAUUAUAAGGGAUGCUAGUGAGAUCCAGCUUAAUAACAAGAAUGUACCUCCAGCAGAACCGGAUGCAGCGACAAUGAUUGGAGCGCAACUGGAUGGUAAAACGCUUUUGACCGGAAAUAAUCCGGACGAUCGUACCUUGGUCGAGAAUCCUGUCGCCGCAGAUCAGUUCAUCACGGCUUUGAGUCUCAAGUCUCAAAUGGAAUCCCUCCGUAUCGGUGGCCAAAUACCAGGCUCAGUAUUAGGCGCUCCACCUCCUUAUCAGAAAUCUGGUUCAUUGAUCGAGAAACCCGAAUAUCAAUUGACGACGACGGCUACGCCAGUUGGGGAAUCAGGAUCUUCAACGACAUCGAGUAUACUGAAUACGGAAGCUGAGUACGAAAACCGCUUUCAUAAAUCAAUGGCUGAUGGGGACUAUGAAUUCUUGCGAGAGCUUUCGCUUGAUGAGCUGUUACGGCGGAAAAACAACCUCGAGGCGGAGAUGGAUGAAGAGUUGCGGGAGCUGCAAAGGAGGUAUCAAACAAAACGUCAACCCAUAUUGGAUGUGAUUGCUGUGAAGAAGAAUAGAAAUGCGAACUAAUG